UAAUACAUAAAUAAUAAAUAAUGAUGAAAGCUUGUAUGAAAUGUUUUCAAGAGAUACACUAUGACCCCCUUGGAUGCAGAUCACAAUGAAGUUAUUGCAUCUGUUGCAUUUUGGAUAAAUGGGAUGAAGCCAGCGAAUAUGAUAUUGAUCUUAGGAAGAGAUGCGUCUGUGGUAAUGCUAUCACCCAGAAUUCAGUAAAAAGUUUCAAGACCUUGAUGGAAGAUUAUGGAUCUGAAGAAGAAAGGAGAAGACUAAGGACUCUCUGUCAAGCUGAAGCUGUAAACUUGCAGGAGGAAGACGCUAACCAUCCUUUUUUUGCAGAAGAAGGAAUUGAGAUUAGAGAAGAUAGUUCAAUAUUUGGAUUAAUAAUUAGAGCAAUAGUGAAAUGGAUCAAUAUAUUUAUCAACAAGGAGAAUUCUCCUUUGAUUUAUAACAUUCUUUUUGCAAAUAGCUCUUCUUUUAAGUUAUUAAUACUGAUUCUUUUAGCUGAAAUUGCAAAUUGAACAAACUCAGAUUUGAUGCAAAGCAUUACACAGAAGAUUCGUCCACUAUAUUUCUUUUGGAUCAUUUAUAAACAAGUAGCAAUCUUUUUUAAUGAUAUAACUCCAAUUUGCCUUAAGUCAGUCUUGAUGCACAGCUUGAGAAUCACUAAAAGAGAAUUAUUAUGCUGUGGUUUUAUACUUUAUGCUCUUCUAUAUUGCUUCAUUCAAUAUACAAACUCUCUAAUUUACGAUCUACACUCGCCCCCAGUGUCUUUGAUCGUCUUGUCAACACUUGCUUUCUUUGUAGCAAACGAAGUAUCAUACAAGAUCUCAGGUGAAGAGCUUUUUGUGUAUCACAGAAGAAGCUAUUAGAGUGAAUUCAGGCAUGCUACAAGACAUCACUACUAGGAACGAGAAUUUUAACAGAUCCUUAGUGAUUCUUGAGAAAGUACAUAAUAUAUUUCCAAUGUUAAUUC